AUGGAGCUCGCAUGUUACGUUCGAAGCGCACGGAUCAAGCGCACGAAACGGGCCCUAGCCUCACACUUACGUUUGACGCAUCCGUCCCACUCUCUUACGCCCAUCAAACUCCCUCCCGCCGUCGCCCUACUGCCCAUCGCUCUCCCUAGCGCUCGUCGCACUCACUUCUGCCGCCACCUUCCCUUCCGCUCGUCGCACUCACCUCCGCCGUCACCUUCCCUUCCGUCCGUCGCUCUCACUUCCGCCGUCACCUUCCCUUCCGCCCGUCGCACUCACUUCCGCCGUCACCAGAGCCAAUCCGCCCGUCGCACUCACUUCCCCCGUGACCUUCCCUUCCGCCCGUCGCACUCACUUCCGCCGUUGCCCUCCCUUCCGCCGUCACCUUCCCUUCCACCGAGAGCACUCAUUUCCGCCGUCGCCAUCCCUUACGCCCGUCACCCUCCCUUCCGCCGUCGCCAUCCCUUCCGCCCGACACCUUCCCUUCCGCCCGUCGCACUCACUUCCGCCGUCGCCCUCCCUUCCGCCGUCACCUUCCCUUCCGCCCAGAGCACUCAUUUCCGCCGUCUCCAUCCCUUACGCCCGUCACCUUCCCUUCUGCCCGUCGCUCUCAAUUCCGCCGUCGCACGGCGUUCUGCCCUCACCUUCCCUUCUGCCCGUCGCCGUUCCUUCCGCCGUCGCCUCCCUUCCGCCCGUCACCAUCCCUUCCGCCGUCGCCCUCCAUUCCGCCCGUCGCCCCCCUUUGUCUCGUCGCGCUCCCUGUUGCUCAUCGCCCUCCCUCCGGCUCGUCCCCUCGCAAUCCCCGUAUCUCUCGCCCCUCAUCGCCCUGGCAUUCCCGUCACUGCUUCCCCCGUGUCCCUUCUCUGCUUCCCCCCAUGUCCCUGUCCCUGCUACCCCCCACGCCCUUCCAUGCUUCCCCCCAUCCCCUUCCCUGCGUCCCCAUGUCCCAUGUCAAAAAGCGUGAAGCGUCGAUUCCGAGGCUGCAACCAGCAGUUGCAGCUGGUGGCACCUGACGUGGGCAGAAUCGAAUUGGUUGUCGUGGGGCGGCCGAGCUGGGCAGAUUGUCGUUAG